AUGAAGCAGUCGACCUUGCAUCAUGAGAAUUGCGUCACAAUUUGGCAAGCAAAAUAUUUCAUCGGAGUUUUUGAAGCUUGUCAUCUGUUGGAAUUCGUCCUUGUAUUUUUAUUUUUUGUUCCCAUUUCAACCCUACCGAGGUCAGAAAUCAGAAUAAGAAAAGUGAUAUGUAGUUGAAUGUUCACAAGUCAGCAAACAAAGAUAAUGCCAUUUUAAUUUUCUUUGGACAGCAAUAAACUAGCGUUUUUCAUAUAGUUGAAGAUGACAGACAGGAUUGAUAUUGACCAACCACUAUGGAAUCAGAAUACAUUUAUUGGAAGGUUCAAGCAUUUCCUCUGGGUUACUGACCCAAGAACAUGUGUUGUUAGUGAAGACACCCUAGAUAAAGCAAAAGUUCUCGUAGAAAAAUAUAGAAAAGGACAGGAACCUCCAGGCACAACGUUGGAACAAAUAAUUUACGCUAAGAAACUGUAUGAGAGUGCAUUCCAUCCAGAUACUGGAGAUAAGCAAAAUGUAUUUGGUCGUAUGUCUUUUCAAGUUCCUGGGGGUAUGGCCAUCACAGGAGCUAUGCUACAGUGGUAUAGAACCCCUUUCGCUGUCGUUUUCUGGCAGUGGGUGAAUCAGUCAUUCAACGCUCUAGUCAAUUAUACUAAUCGUAAUGCAAAAUCUCCUACAUCCACUACCCAGCUUCUAGUAGCCUAUGUUUCUGCCACUUCUUCUGCGAUGGUCGUAGCUGUCGGACUCAAGCAGUACUGGUCAAAGAAGGCUUCUCCUAUAGUACAGAGAUAUGUACCGUUUGCUGCGGUUGCAGCAGCGAAUUGCAUAAAUAUUCCGUUGAUGAGACAGAAUGAAAUAACAUAUGGUAUCGAUUGUACUGAUGAAAAUGGUCGCAUUGUAGGAAAAUCCAAAUUAGCUGCUGCAAAAGGCAUAACUCAAGUAGUUAUCUCUCGAAUUGUAAUGUGUGCUCCUGGUAUGUUAAUUCUACCAGUAAUCAUGGAAAGAGCUGAGAAAUACAAGUUUAUGCAGAAAAUAACUUAUUUACACGGACCUAUACAAGUUAUGGCUGUUGGAUGUUUUUUGUCUUUCAUGGUACCAACUGCCUGCGCUCUCUUCCCUCAAAGAUGCUCCAUCAAAACUUCAACAUUAGCUUGGCUAGAACCAGAAGAGUUUGAAAAGAUGAAGAUCAACUGUGGAGAUAAAAUGCCUGCGAGAGUUUACUUCAAUAAGGGUCUUUAGACUGCCAAUAAUUGUAGUAAAUACUAGAAGUAGUACGUUGAACUUACAACUGCGGAGAUAAAAUGCCUGUGAGAGUUCACUUCAAUAAGGGUCUUUAGACUGCCAACAAUUAUAGUAAAUACUAGAGGUAGUAAUUUGAACUUUUGAAUAUAGUACAUGUAAAAAAAACUCAAAAACUAGUGAUAUUGUAGUGGAGGUACUUAAUUUAUUUCAGCAAUAUUUAAUUUAUACGAGAGUAAUAGGUUUGCAAUAAUUUUAAACUCUUUAUUGUUGAAUUUGUUUUGAAUUAUACAGUUUAAAAUACAUAA